GAAUGAGCGUUUUGCUAUGCCCAGGGCUUGAAAAGCUGUAACUUAGCAGCCCACCCAUAGUCAUGUCGCACUUCUUCUACUUGGCUCCAGAAAUUCUGCUUCCCUUUAGCCCUCUCACUUCAAAAGAGUUCGAACUGAUCAGAAGCAAGGCCCGAGAACUAUGGCUGGACGAGACUCGGUGGUCUGCUUCCUCGGUGACAACAUACUCUGGCAGUUACCGGAAAAAGCAACUGGAUGAGGACGCGUGCAACCGGCUGGCCCAAAGAGCAGGCCAGAGGCAGUUUGAGUACAAACAGACACCAUUGCUGGGCAGUUCUGCCUACAGCACUCUACCGGGCCAGGCUGGUUCCCAAGAUGGCAAAGGAGGACUCCCUGAUAUAGCAAGACCCUCUCCAGGCACUCAGUUCAACGUCAAGCACAAAGUGGCACAUCAGAUUUGGGGUUCUGAAGCUCCUUGCCCAACAUUUCCAGAUUACAGAACUUUUUGUGUGAAACCCCCAAAGCCAGGCCUUCAGCUCCUCAUGAAUUACAAGACUAGAGGGGAAAACCUCCUGAAACAAUUUCGGCGACAAUGGGAUUAUGAAAGCAAGUUUGGCUCCUCGGAGGACUCAGAGACGGAUCGAUACUCCGAUUAUGGCAAAGGUUUACUGCCUGUAUUCAACUGA